AUGCCUCUAGUUUUGUAUCUUGGACAUGUGAGCGAUGGGAAUAUGGACAAGGGAUCUGAAGGCGCUAAGGUGACACUGGGAUCUGAAAUCGCUAAGGUAACACUAGGAUCUGAAGGCGCAAAGGUAACACUAGGAUCUGAAAUCGCUAAGGUGACACGAGGAUCUGAAAUCGCUAAGGUGACACUAGGACUUGAAGGCGCUAAGGUGACACGAGGAUCUGAAAUCGCUAAGGUGACACGAGGAUCUGAAAUCGCUAAGGUGACACUAGGACUUGAAGGCGCUAAGGUGACACUAGGACUUGAAGGCGCUAAGGUGACACUAGGAUCUGAAGGCGCUGAGGUGACACUAGGAUCUGAAGGCGCUAAGGUGACACUAGGAUCUGAAGGCGCUAAGGUGACACUAGGAUGUGAAGGCGCAAAGGUGACACUAGGAUCUGAAGGAGCAAAGGUGACACGAGGAUCUGAAGGCGCUAAGGUGACACUAGGAUCUGAAGGCGCUAAGGUGACACUAGGAUCUGAAGGCACUAAGGUGACACUAGGAUCUGAAGGCACUAAGGUGACACUAGGAUCUGAAGGCGCUAAGGUGACACUAGGAUCUGAAGGCGCUAAGGUGACACUAGGAUCUGAAGGCGCUAAGGUGUCACUGGGAUCUGAAAUCGCUAAGGUGUCACUAGGAUCUGAAGGCGCUAAGGUGACACUAGGAUCUGAAGGCGCUAAGGUGACACUAGGAUCUGAAGGCGCUAAGGUGACACUAGGAUCUGAAGGCGCUAAGGUGACACUAGGACUUGAAGGCGCUAAGGUGACACUAGGAUCUGAAGAAACUGAGGUGUCAGUAGGCCCUGAAUGA